GCCCCGCCAUUGGCGGGUUGCGGCUCGCGGCGCCGCUUUUAAAUGUUGGCGGUUGCUGCGGCAUCCCCUCACCGGCGGGCGGCGGCGGCUGCGGGAUGCAGAAAUGGGCCAGGACACCACGAGAACCUCGGAUGACUUCACCACUCAACACGCUCUCCGUCAAGCACAGAUGUCCAAAGAGCUGCUUGAACUGAAUAAAGCUCUGACUCUGAAAGAGGCGCUGGCCAAAAAAAUGGCACAGAAUGAUAAUCAGCUGGAGCCCAUUCAGUCCCAGUACCAGACUAAUAUCAAGGAUCUGGAGUUGGAGGUCAGCAACUUGCAAAAAGAAAAGGAGGAGCUGCUCUCUGCUCUGCACAUGGCCAAGAAGGACAUCAACCAAGCCAAGCUGAGUAAAUGCUGUCAGAAAAGACUUCAGGAGCUGGAAGCACAAAUUAGUGAGCUGCGAGAAAUGCUGAACGAUCAAUCGAAGCUCUUGAACCUGAAGGACUCCAUGGAAUGCACCAUCUCCAAACAGUCCGUCUUAACAGAAACUGAUGCCUGUCCAAGUUGCCAGUGGACUGAACAUCCAUCACCCUCAGCAAAUGUCAUCUGAGUCUCGCAGAAGGCAUCAACAUAAACAGAGGGCUUCUCUGCCUGGGGAACGUAAUUAGCGCUCUUGGUGACGAAAACAAAAAGGGUGGCUGUUGGAGCGAAUAAAGGACUCAGCAUUCCGAUUCAAUGUGAA